AUGAUUCGUAUGAAAGCAAUUUUCCUGCACAUACUUCAGGGGAAUCCGUGUUGGGUCAUCCCAAUCCUUCUUUUCCACGUGCUAGUUUUAUGUCAAUGCUUGCCAGCCUCUUGGAAGAUGCCCUUGCAGUCAAAGUAAAAACUGAUGGCAUUGAUAUUGGAGGAAAUAUAAUAAAACCCGAAGAUGGAAGCACUCAAGUGCAUCAAGAAGCAAAGGCAUAUUUAACGGCUGAUGCUGUGGUAUCCUUUCUUGUGGAGAGGUUGGGUAACCUCUUGAUUGAUGAAACCACACUGUUAUGGAGUGUACGGGAUCAGGUCCAACAGAUGCAAACCGAGCUAAAACGGAUACAGUGCUUUCUAAAAGAUGCUGACAAGAGGAAAGAUGAGGAUGCCAGCGUUCGGAAUUGGGUUUCAGAGAUAAGAGAUGCUGCUUAUGACAUUGAGGAUGUUAUUGACAGUUUUGUGCUUAAAUUUGCACCACGGAAUGUAGGAAGAAUCCAUAAUCCCAUCACCAAAGGCAUAGCACUUCACAACCUUGCUUCAAAAAUUGAUGAGAUUAAAUCUCGAAUAAUUGAUCUCACCAGAAGCUUACAAACUUAUGGAAUAACUGCAAGAAAAGAAGGAGAAGGAACUAGCUUAGCAUUUGAGAGGCAGAGGCAGCUCAGGUGGUCUUAUUCCCAUGUUGUUGAAGAGUAUAUUGUCGGGUUUGAUGAAGAUAUAAGGCAACUGAUAGCACAGCUGGUGAAUGAAGAGAAAUACAAAGUUGUGUCUAUCUCUGGUAUGGGUGGUCUGGGAAAGACCACCAUGGCAAAAGCUGUUUACCAUCAUGGUGAUAUAAGGAGACACUUUGAAGGGUUUGCUUGGGCAUAUGUGUCACAGCAAUGCAAAAGAAGAGAUGUUUGGGAGGGGAUUUUGCUGAAACUUAUCAUACCAUCCAGGGAGGAGAGGGAGGAAAUUUUAAGAAUGAGAGAUGAAGAUUUGGCAAAGAAGCUUUUUAAAGUUCAGAAAGAAAAGAAGUGUUUGAUUGUUAUUGAUGAUAUUUGGAGCACCGAGGCAUGGUCAACUCUUAGUGCUGCUUUUCCGAAUGACUGCUUCUGGUAGCAAAGUACUGUUUACAACACGCAACAAAGAAGUGGCUUUGAUUGCUGACCAAGAGGGAUUUGUUCAUGAACCAGACUGUUUGAAUAAAGAAAAGAGUUGGGAGUUAUUCCAAAGGAAAGCAUUUCCAAGGAGAAGCGAUUCAAGUAAACAAUUAUCAUCAUAUGCUCUAUAAUCUCCAGGUCUAAUUUUGUUUAUCUAUGUUGCAGACUACAUAAACUGGAAUAUGCAAU